AUGUCUCAACAGUCCAUGGCUCAAAAGUCUUUGACUCAACAGUCUAUGACUCAACAGACCAUAAAUCAACUGUCCAUGUCUCAACAGUCCAUGGCUCAACAGUCCCUAACUCAACAGUCCAUGACUCAACAGUCCAUGAAUCAACCGUCCAUGUCUCAACAAUCCAUAACUCAACAGUCCAUGGCUCAAAAGUUCAUGAAUCAACAGUCCAUGGCUCAACAGUCCGUGACUCAACAGUCCGUGACUCAACAGUCCAUGGCUCAACAUUCCAUGACUCAACAGUCUAUGGCUCAACAGCUCAUGUCUCAACAGUCCAUGUCCCAGCAGUCUUUACUUCAGCUUGGCCAGGACUGGAACAAAUGGGAUGCAUAUAGCCCUUGGGGGAUCCAUAGUUCCUCACCUCUCAGAUGUGGCAUUCAUCACCUGCAUAUUUACCCUCCCCUGUUGUUUGAAGUUUGA